AUGGCAACAUUUCCAUCAUUCAAACAAGAUGAUUAUUUUCAAACACAGAGGACAAAUUCCAUCUCAAGUGGAUCUAAUCAUUCAAUUAAUUCAACUUCAAAUAUGUCAACAAUGAGUACAGCUUCCCAUGUUGUGCCUCGUGGAUCUUCAACUCAAGACUUACUGUUCAUGGAAUCAAAAUUCUCAAAACCUUCAAGAUCAAAACCACAGUUUAAAACUUUUCAAAAUCAAAGUUCAGUAACUUCAUUAAAUGGUUACGUGUUACCACCUAGGAUACCAAGAUCAUCAAGUGUACCUUCUGUGCCAAAGCUUAUACCUGAAAACCCAUCAGAGAGACCUGGGCUACCUACAAGAUUUCAUCCUGGUUUGAAAACAUCAAAUUCUAUGCAUCAUGUUCCAGCUUAUAGAAGACAAUCCUUAAAAGCAGCAUCUGAAUACAACAGAAGCUCACUUUCUAUUCAACAGCCCACCGAAAAGAACCAGAAUCAGAAUCAGCAACCUGUGCAACAACCCUUACAACAACAACCAUACAAACGUCGUCAUAGUGCAAGACCUGGUUUCCAUAAUGCACCAUUUACUUUCCCAAAUGGAGAAGUUUACACACCAAGAAAUAAACAACGAAAUUCUCAACCUAAUUUCAGAACAUUCACUCAAAAUCAAAACAAUACAGGUAUUCAUAGGAAUUCAUCAUCUCCUUCAUUGACUUCACAGCAUCAACAACAAUUCCAGGUAUUUAAUCAACAAAGACAACACCCCCAAAGAGCAGUCCCUAGACAACAACCACCUCCUUUGCCGCUACAGACUAAAACAGCACCUCAGCAGAUACAAAAACAGGAGCAAUAUAUCACAGUGCCUGAUGCAAACAGUCAUCGCUCAAGUACUAAUUCACAACACACUGAACAGGAUUUAGCGUUGUUGACUACAGGAAGUAAUAGCUUCUCAUCUUCACCAAGUCCCUCAAGAACCUCAAGAACCAACAGCAGUGUCAAUGAAAGUACCCCACCAUCUUCAAUAGAUGAUCUUACUCUACAUACAACUAUCAACAAUAUCAAUGGUGGCAAAGCAGAGUUAUCACAAUUACCACCACCUCUACAACAAUUAGACUCCACAGGUAAUUUAGGCAAGAUUGAAGAACAUGAAACUAAAAGUUCUACUCCAACAAGUGAUUCUACGCAAAGCCAAAGUACUUUGGAUGCUGUUAAUGGUAGUACUGGACAAAUGAAUAAGGAAAAUAUUGAACAACCAGACCAUGAAUUCCUUAAAGAACAAUCAAAAGCUAGAGCUAAUGCCCAACGUCAACCAAAAUUAUCAAAAGCAUCAGAUACAGUCACUCCAACUAUCACAGUCUCACAAGUCCCACAAGUCCCACAACAAAAGAAUUUUCCAACCAUUGCAAAACCUCAAGUCAGUGCUGUUAAUGCACCAUCAAGUUUUAACAAUAAUAAUCACUCAGAAGCAGCUCCACAAAGAAAACAAUCUGUGUUGAAGCGUAUAUUUUCCAAGGUUUUCACAUCUUCAGAUAAAAAAAAACUAUCAUCUUCAAAGUUUUCGUUGAAAAAGAAAUCAUCUCAAGCUACAUUAAAUAUUAAGGCUCCAUUUAGACCUGAGUUACCAACCAGAUCCAAAACUGAACCACAUUUACCUCAAACUGAAAUUAAAACAGAAACACCACCGCCAUUACCAAAGAUUUCAACUUCAGAUAAUGUCAAUGAUGUUAAACUAACUACUGAACCUGAUACAUCAGAUGUUUUCUCUUUUAUGGAUGGUGACGAAGAUGAAGGCAUUAAAGUUGAAUCUGAAGAAUCAAGUACAAAAGAAUUCAAAAGUGAGUUAGUUUUGGAUAAAUUGUUUUCAAAAUUAUCAACAAAUGAAUCAUCAGAAGAAGUUUUCAAAAAGAUCACAAAUGGAGAGAAAAGAACAUCUCGAGUUUUAGAAGAAGAUAAUGUAUCUAAGAAACCUGAAAGUUCAUUAGAAAACAAGAAGAUUCGUGGUACAAUUAACCCAAAAGCAUCAUCUGAAAAUUUGAAACCACAAGAUCCAGAAGAUUAUACCAUCCAAUUUGAUGAUAUGGAAUUUAUUGACAAAAUUAUUGAAUAUGGUGAAACACCAUUUCCAAAUUUGAAGUCAACAGAUUUAGGACAAUCAGAGCGUAAAUUACAAAGAACAAGAUCAAUUGAACGUAAGAAGUCAUUAAGAUCUGUUAGUUCAUCAUCUGGAAGACAAUUGGAUGAAGUGAUUGCAAAUUCUGAUAAAAUAUUACAAUCAAAAAGUGAUACUCACCAUAUUCAAGUGAUUUAUUCCAACACACCAAAAGAUCCAUUAUCAAUGAUUAAAACAAGACCUUCAAUUUUGAAAAAGAGAAGAAAUCAAGGUUCAAUACAUCAAUUUUCCAAUAGUAAUGGUUCUAAUAAUUCUUCAACAUCAUUAUCAUCAACUUCUGCAAAUUUAUCCUCAUCAAAUAAGAAAGUCGGUUUCACAAAUCAAAUUUUUGUUAAUAAUACCUAUCCCUCAUACAUUUAUAAUCGUCAUUCACGUUCAUUAUCAAGUUAUUCAUUAAGCUUUCAAUUGAUUCAACAAAUUCGUCAUGAAAUGAAUGAUUUCAAAAGAUCAAUGACAAUUCAUGAAUUAAGUAGAGGUAAUACUCAUUAUUUCCGUGCAUAA